AUGGUCCAGCAUCUCAGUGCCCCGGGUAGGAGAUGCCUGUGUCCUGCCAUGCCACAUCUGCCAGGCUCCCUGUUGCUGCGACUGGCCCUGCCUUGCCUGCUGCUCCGAGUGUUGGGCCUAGGGUCUGGGUCUCGCCAGCUGACGGCCGGAUGUCCGGAAAGCUGCUAUUGCUCAGAGAGCUUGGAUGGUGGCCUGGUGGUGCGCUGCAGCAACAUGAACCUGCUGGCUGUUCCGCGCGACCUGCCCAACCAGACACGACACCUCUACCUGGAUUACAACCUGCUGGUCAGCGUACCUGCAGACUCCUUCCUGAAGCUCCCUCUCCUGGCUGAGUUGGACCUGUCUCACAACAGGCUGGUCCAGUUGGAGCCUGGAGCCUUCCGUGGCCUGGCCGACUCAUUGACCAGCCUGGACCUUUCCUCCAACCUGCUGGAGACGCUGGACCCAGAGGCUGUAGGUGAGCUGCGGGCGCAGGCCAACCUCACCCACAAUCCUUGGAUGUGUGACUGCCGCCUGCAAGUGGCCAUGCCUCAGCUGCAGCUGGAGCCCUCCUCCCUGGCUGGAGUGGUUUGUAACAACUCAGAGCCAGAGGACGUGGGGGCCCGCGGUGUGCCCUUCGUUCUGGUAGCUGCUGAUCUGGACCUUUGCGCUGCCCUCAAGAGGACCACUGACGUGGCCAUGCUGGUGACCAUGUUUGGCUGGUUCACUAUGGUCAUCUCUUACCUGGUUUACUAUGUGAGGCACAACCGAGAGGAUGCUCGGCGCCAUCUGGAGUAUCUCAAGUCACUGCCCAACAAGCAGGGUAGGACAGAGGAGUCGUCUACCCUCAGCACCAUGGUGUGAGUCUGGCUCAGGAUGUUAAAGUUUACCUUUUCAGUGAAUUGGUAACAGUUUGUUGGUAGUUAGUAUGAAGAUAUUUCUUGCUUUAUAUCUUCUACCGGUUUCUCAUACUGUAGGAAACAGAGCCGGAUAGACACACUCAAUCAUAUGCCUUUUUUGUUAUAUGGUAUUUUUCUCCUAGCUUUUUUCUUAUUUACCUUUUUCCAGUAAACAUAUUGAUAAUCAUUGAAAGGCUAUGCAUGGUUUGUUAUUGUUCAGGUUGAAGUCUUUGGCCAUUAUUUAUUUAAUUAACCUUCAGAGAUAAUUGGCAGAUUACUCGAUUGCUAAUGCCAUUGAUAAUGAAAAGCCAUAUUUAACUGUGACUUUUUAAUUGAACUGAAUAGAGUAAUGCUGUCUAGUCUUCAAUGUAUGCCAUUUUGUAGCAUUGUAAAAAUUUGGAACACCAUGAUACGGCACUUAGUGGUCCAGUUGAUCUGCACAGUAUUAUCAAAAGUGGACACACUGUGAUUUAUGGGAUAUGUUUUGUGGUAGAUUAUAUUGUAUGCAGUGUCUGGUGUGAUCUACACAUUGUCUUUUGUUUCUUUUUUGUACUGUGUAGAAAACUGACUGUGUUGUCUCCGUGCUGUGUCUGCCUGUCUUCAGUUGUGUUAGCUGGGGGUGGUUGCCAUAAAGUCACAAAGGAAGGGGAGGCAGCUGGGAAUUACAUAAAACAUUCCCAUCUGUGAAUUCAAUAUUUUACAAGUUAUGAACAUUGACACUUACAGUGCAAGUUAACUUAAAGCCAGUAUGACAAAAUGUCUGAGAAAAUGCAUGUAAAGUCUUGCCAUCAAACAUACAGACCUAGUGUAUAUGUUACUCUCUGGCCUGUUGAUUAUAAAUUUUUAAUCUAUUAGCACCUGAAGCAUGAUUCUGUGCAAUUUUAAGCACAUAAAUUCUAGUUAUGAACUUUAGAAAUCUAUGUACAAUAGCCUAUGAUGCAUAACAUAAGAUUUUCUGUAGACAAUCCCAAUACGGCAGUGUAAUUCAAUGUGUAAAUUAAUGUGAUUGUUCUAUAAUACAUGUAACGCCUGACAUGAUAAACAGAU